ACAGAUGACCUGGGCCGGCAGUGUCUCACCGCUGAUUGCAACGAACAGUUCACUUGGAAAUGGAUUCGCACACCUUUGUUCUACUGCUGCUCAUUGGCUGCCUGAUUGUUGGGUGUUGCAUGGCCGCGCCCCAAGGAUGCAAUGGCGGCUUCUAUUCCAGCAAUGGUAACCUGGUGAUCGACAUAAACAGAAUUCAGGACCACCUCAACUGUGUCAACCGGCAGCAUCAAAAUCGUGGAUAACCCCUUCGGCUGGCUUCUAAUCUUGUACAUACUUAUAUAAAACACAGAGAGCAAAAAACCCCGAAAUGUGAUCAAUAAAACCAUCUAACCUAA